GCACAAUCCAUGACGUCAGACUAGAGAAGACGUCUCUUUAGAGUGGGACAUCUUCUGCCGGUGUUCUGUGGUCUGAUUUCUCAUUGCAGAGUUUCCAUCAGGCCUUGCCCUGAUCCCGAAGUGUGUUCACAAGAGUCGCAGCCCUGCAUUUCAAACCAGAAGACGAGUAUUUCGCCAUGAACUCUGACAUGGAUGGUGACAUUGAAAACCAGGUGGAGUUAGAGGAGAAGACCAGACUUAUAAACCAGGUCCUUGAGUUGCAAAAUACUCUUGAGGAUCUCUCAGCUCGGGUGGACGCAGUAAAAGAAGAAAAUCUGAAGUUAAAAUCAGAGAAUCAGGUUCUUGGGCAGUACAUUGAGAACCUCAUGUCGGCAUCUAGCGUGUUUCAGACCACUGACUCCAAGAGCAAACGGAAGUGAGAGGGCAUCCUCUCUCUCAGAAUCCCUCGUGUAGACGCCAUCCCCACGCAGAUAAACCGUUGCUCAUUUAAACGUUUUUGUUCCUUAUGCCACUAAAAUUAUAAGUGUUUACAUUUAUUUUAUUUAUCAGUAUUAAUGUUCUUUAACGUUUCAUCUUCAAUUUUAUUAAACAUAUUACAUACCAAAUCAUUUUAGAAAGAUAUUAACUUGUUAAACUAAAGGCCCGUUCACACCAAGCACGAUAACUAUAUAGAUAACGAUAAAGAUAUAGUUCUAAAAAUCGUUCUCAAUAUUAAAAGAUUAGCAGAGUCCACACUUCAAUUAUAACGAUAAAGGCAUAGAGAAACGGUAUCGUUGGAAUCAUUUUCAGAAUGAUUUUUUUCCCAGCUGAUGAACGAUAUAAAUAUUCACAUCCAAUCAGAAUCCAUCCUGAUGUAACGAGCUCGAGGAUUUAAAGCGGCAGUCGUACGUGCACUCAGAAUAAACAGACGAUAUCGUUCGCUUGUGUGGACGCUAAUAUCGUUAUCUUUAUAGUUAUCGUUCUUGGUGUGAACGGGGCCUUGUUUUUUUAAUGUUCAGACAGGGUAUGAAAUUAAUAUUAUUUGUAAUAUUUUAACAAUUGUUUUGUCUCACUAAACAAAUUGAUAAUUGAUCAAAUAUGUAUUUAAUAUUUUUGCUUUUUAGAUGAGGGUAGGGCUGUGAUGCCAUGACAGUUGCAGUUUGUCUGUAUCAGUACCGAUUAUACUCCUGUUGAGAGAGAAUAUUUCAGGGCAUUCUGAUCUGGGAAUGAAAUUUCGACCCUUUCCUUGGUGCUAUCAACAGAAGGGAGUUCUCUGGCAUGUGUCACAUCUGUGCCUCUGAAUAUCUCAAUGCAUUUGUUGUGUUUGAAUGUGUAGAAUCUUACCAUUGUGUGGCAUCACAAAUGCCAGGUUGAAUUAAACAAAUCUAAUUUGC